UUCCUCCACCCAAUGCCCCAUCUAUGUCGCAAUGAAUGAUCAGACAACUUGAAAUCCAUCGAUAACGGCAACACUCUCCGACACUGCAGCUCCACGUAGAAUCACCGGCUCUCAACUCACACUACAGCAAGAAUAACCACAGCAACCAUAGCUUCCCUCGCCCGCCGCCGUCUCCUGGACAUCGUGCACACCACGUCCGUGGCACGAGGAAGAAGCACAACCCCAGCAGCAAUAACGACAACAACAUCAGCAAAAGUCAACAUGUCGUCGACCUCCGCCCAGCAGCAGCAGGCCCCGGCACCGUGGCGCGACACCUUCCUAUCGCACAUCAACACCAUGCCCAGCCCGGAAUUCGUGCUCGCCACUCUCCACCCUGCACCGAAGGGAAGUCCAACCCCGUACCUCCCGCGCGCCCGCACGUGCAUCUUCCGCGGCUUCUGGGGCGAGUUACCCGAGAACAAGCACAAUGAUGCUCCCCAGAAUGCGCGCGUGUUCGAAAGCGAUUUGCCGACUUUCACGACGGAUGUGCGCAUGCAGAAGGCCGGGGAGGUGUUUGCUUCUUCGGCUGGGAAAGCGGAUGAUGACAGUCUGGUGCAGGGAAGUGGAGGGGGAGGGUGGUGUGAGGCUGUGUGGUGGGCCAAGGAGCCGAGUGUGCAGUGGCGAGUGCGCGGGCGGGCGUUUGUUGUUGCGAGGGAUAUCGAGGGCGAGCAGGGGAGUGAGGAGGGAAGCGGGGUGCGGACGGUGAAGAGUGAGGUUGGAGGCCGGAUGAGGGUUGUGUCAGGAAAGGAGGAGGAGAAGGGCGAGUGGUCGUGGGGGAAGGAAUUGACGGCGCAUUUUGGGAAUAUGUCGCCUACUUCAAAGGGUGCGUGGUCUCAUGUUGAUGUUCUUUGAUCUAGUACUGACGCAUGCAUGCUAGGGAUGUUUGCUGCUCCGCCUCC